AUGGCCGAUUUUGAAUCUAACAACGCUGCCGUCCGUGAAUCUCUCGCCCAUGUCCAGAGGACUCCUUCCUCUGCUAACCCUACUGAUGACAAUGUCACCCGUGUUAUUGGGGUGACCAAUCCUGCUGCUGCUGUUGCUGGUGCUACCGUCGAAACUCCGGUGGAGACUGUAGUACCAACUAAUGGGAACCGCCAACUAGUCCCUGCUGAUGCGAUAGCUCCAAAAACCUCUCAACUAGCCACUCAGGUCGCUCUCUCCGUUGUUGAUCCGACCAGACCUGCGAAUUAUCAGUUGUUAGACGACAUAAUAAGGGCUAUUGAGGGUUUAUCAGCUAUUGGUAUUGAUGCUCGAGAUCUUUGCUUAGUUUCGAAUGUGGUGCUUCCACAAAAGUUCAAAGUGUCAGACCUCCCGAAGUACAAGGGUCUAAGCUGUCCUCGUAGUCAUAUCACAAUGUAUUGCAGAAAGAUGGUUUCGUACAUCGACAAUGAUGACUUACUGAUCCAUUACUUCCAAGAAAGUUUGUCUGGAGCUUCUCUAGACUGGCUGCAACUACAAAAUCAAGCGCAGAGAUCCAAUGAAACCUUUACAGAGUAUGCUCAACGUUGGCGCGAGAUGACGUCCAGGGUCAGACCAGCAUUAUCAGAUAAUGAACUUGUGGAUAUCUUCAUGGGUACGCUCCAAGAGCUGUAUUAUGAGAAGAUGAUUGGGAGUUCAUCUAUAAACUUUACAAAUAUGGUAACUAUCGGUGAGCAUGUAGAAAAUGGGCUAAAAUCAGGGAAGAGGUCACAUGAGGGCUUCGCAAAGAAAAAAGAGGGGGAGGAAAAUGCUGUAACGGCAGAUGCUCACCCCCAAUAUCAGUUUCCAAUGGCUCUUAUGUCGUACUAUCCAUAUCCGUAUGUCGCUGCAACUCAGUAUCAACAACCUCCAUGUCAGUAUCAACCGCAGAAAAUUAAUCAACAAUCAAAACCUUCUUCGAGAAAUCAGAACCAACAGUACAAUCGUGACAACAAAGCACAAGGUCGAGGUCAGAAUAACAAGAACAAUUUUGGUAAUCGCCCCUAG